AUGCAUGCUUUCGGCACCGAUCUCGGCGAAGAAACCGGUAUACUAGCCAUAAGUUUGAUUGCAAAUCGUAGACUACAUGCACUUGAGCGAUUACUUUGGUUCGCCACAGUGCUCGUGUCCAUAUUCGCUGCGAUACGUUUAAGUGGCGUUCAAGUGAGACGUUACUUUUAUUCGCCGACUGUCAUCUCGGUGGAUCGAGAUUAUCGCGGUUGGCUUGGUCCAUUGCCAGCUGUUACGCUCUGCUAUUAUGAUCAUAUAGAUUCAUUCAAAGCGAACGAGUAUAUACAGGAUAACUGGAAUAUUUCCAUUGUGGAUAAUGAUUACUUCUACUUUAUGGAUUUUCUCUAUGCCGUGGUUAAUGCAACGGCUAGUAAUUAUGCUGACCUAGCACGUUUCGCCGAAGACGAACGUUUCGAUAACGUGGAUCUAGCGGAAGUGGUGUAUGCAAUCGAUAAACCUUUCGAACAAAGUUUGACUAGUUUUGAUAAGAAAAAUUCAACAAUACAAAUAAGAGCGGUAAUGACAGAGCGAGGAUACUGUUAUGCGAUUAAUUCACCCAUGUCGGAAAUUCUAGCUGGGAGAAAUAUCGAGUACAAAGACGUUAUACAACCACUUACCUGUGAGUAUGGCAAGCAGCUGUGCUUUAUCAAAAUGGAUUUGUACGAAAGUACGGGAACAGUCGAUAUCCAUUCGCCUUUUGAGGUUUCCGCAAGCGAUGCUAAUAUUAUAGCAUUACACAAAUCGGAUGAAAUUACCGCUUCCUUCAAAGUGCUUGAAACAGUUGCUUCGAAUAAUUUGCGUGAUCUGCAUGUGGAUCAAAGGAAGUGUGUGUUUUACGACGAAGAGACAUCACAACUAAAGGUUUACAGCAAAACUUUAUGUUUAGUGCGUUGUCGCGCAGUUAUGGCUCUGGAAAUGUGUAAUUGUGUACCGUUUUUCUAUGCUUUUGUGGAGGGUCCCAGUUGUAAUCCUGCCGGCUUCGAGUGUCUACUCGAUUUCAAAUGGCCCAUAUGGGCUUUGCAUAUUUGCAAAUGUCCAAGUACAUGUAUAGAAAUCGAAUAUACUGUACAGACAGUGAAAAAGAGCUAUUGGGGCGUUAAGGUCAAUGACGAAAUCGCCACUACAGAUGUGGCUACAUCCAGUUUCCGUUGGGAUGUGAUACCGCCCAAAGUACGUAUGAGGCGUGAUGUAGUCUUCAGUUUUGAAGACUUACUAGUCUCAUUUGGCGGCACCUUGGCGCUGUUGCUCGGUUUCAGUCAAAUAUCUGUCGUUCGUAUUGUCUAUGUGAUCGCCUAUCACGUGAUAAUGGCAAUUGUGGAGUUAUUUCGUUGUUUAAAAAAUUGUUGUGGCAACGGUUUCCACAUUUUUAAACGCAAGCGAAAAAGAAAUCAAAUUUUACUGGCACAGGAAAAGCGAAAAAAGCGUUUUCAUCUACUUAAAAGGCGUCAGCAGCUGAUCGGCAUACUUGUACAUAAGAGUUUGUCGAAAGAUGAUCAUUUCAGUACUGCCAGUGAUAAUAAUGGCCCAACAGAUCUUAGUAUUGAUAAACCCGAAUUCGAGUAUGUGAACUGAGAGGAUAUGGAAAGUUGAAGAUCAUUCUACAAGGAUGUUAUUUUGCUUUCUGUGGUGUUACCAAUCUGUUUGUAUUUUAAUUUAUGGUGCUUGUUUCUUCAAUGGCGCUUAAAAUUUAUCUAACAAGAUCAUUAUCAUUAUGUCAUCCACAUUCUAUGGCACAAUACUUUAUAAUAAAAGACUUUAUUUCGUUUAUUGUGUACAAAACCACAAAUAUGUGUAUGCUGGAAAUAUACUACGUCUGGCUGCUUUCCACGCAA